AUGCACUUCACUUGCUCCAGUGGAUACAUAACUGACUCGGCUUCAAAGAAUUGUUCUGACGGUUCCAUAGCUAGGAGCAGCAGUACAAGGCUUGUGACGCAAAAAUCCCAAGAGGACGAGCUGACAUACUUUGAGGUUGUGGAUCGGCCAAAAAUAGAGAAAAAUGAUGAUAUACAUAUCCUUCCUUCGUCGAUGAUUUUUUGUGUGAUUUCUGGGCUGGUAAACAAGUUAGAAUUCCUUGCUGUACAAAUCGAUAUUGAACUUCCUCACGUCCAACUCUUUUACGGUGCAUUUUACCAAGAGGGAAGCUAUUCGGUCAUGGCGAUUUUAGACUCCUAUGUUGGUGAGAAAAUUGCAGCUACAAAGGUAACGGAGGUCAAAGUCGUUGUUAAUGCCAAACAAUCCACCCCACCCCCAACGAUUGCAAUGCAGCCUCCCAGAAUUACUGGCAUUUCGGUGUUUGAAGUCGGUGUUGAAUACAUUACCGGAUGUGGUGAACACUACAACGUCUUUGCCAAUGAUACAGCUCUUACUUUCAUCUUUAAAAUGUUUGGUACUUUAAGCAAAGAAAGGUAUCGUUUCACCCGAUACAGCGAUCCCAAUGAAUUUUACCAAGAAGAUGUGCCUGGUGUUGUCUACCAGUUCCAAGCCAAAUUACCAAGAGGAUUAUAUGUCCUUUCAAUUAUCACCUCUGGACUCAAUGGUGAAAGUACUGAAGUUUUCCGAAUAUUGGAAAUUGAAGACUCAAUGCACCAUUCAAUGAUUUGUCAAAGCUUUGAUCAAAAACGAAAUGUUUCACUUGCAAAUAUUUGGUCAUUUUCAACGCCCUCACUGAAAGAAGUGGGAUUUAGAAUUUUUAAUGAAUCUGGUCGAUUUCACUUUGUGAAGUGGAUGAAGCAGGAUGUCUGUUUUUCUCCAGAAAUUAUACCACAUCCGGAAAUUCCUUCCAUUGUCACGGCGAAUGUUAAUUCGUUCAUCGUUAAGGUGAUAUCUAUCGAAGAUGGGAAGAGUUUUGAAGUUCCGACAGCAAAUACAAGUGUUUGUCUUCCAAAAGCUGAAUUGAACACUAAUUUUUUGUAUAAUCUGGUUAUAUAUGGAAGCAAUAAGCGAUAUAUUCACCUUGAUAGACACAUUAUCCUAGUUGGCAAUGAGCCAACUAUGAAUGCGGUCAUCAAAUCGAUAAUUUCAUCACCUGAAGAAACUGUUCUUACUAGUACCUGCAACCAGGUUAUCUGCUCACGAAACACAUUGUCUCAAUGGGAACUCACCAUAUCAUAUCCCAACUCCACUUUCUGGAAGUUGAGUGACAAGGAAAUGCAAAAGUAUACUGACGGUAGAACAAGAAGUACUUUGGUCAUCUCGCCACAACUGCUACUUCAGCUGCCAAGGGAAACGUAUUUAAUAGUCUGUCUGAUAAUUCAAGAGAAUGUUUCAAAGAUAACCAAAAUAUGCGAACAGUACACGGUUAACAUGCCUGAAAAAUGCGAUUCGUGUAUCUUAAAUGCCCCAAAUAUGAUAGAUGAUUUUCAAACGGUGUGUGUCAACUGUAACUGUACUUCCUCUCAGGGUGAUACCUUUGAAUUUUAUACAAUGACCAAUUUGGGAACGCAAUCAAUAGCAUUUGGAGAUAGUCCAUCGUUCUGCAGUUAUCUUCCCGCCUCGGAUGAUGCUGUUACACCUUGCAUUCGAAGUCUGCCAGGAUCGAUGAUCAUUGUCCGCAAGUGCUUUCAUCAAAUUAAAAGCAUUUGA